UGAAUAACUGUUGUAUAUCAAAAUUUUAUGCAAUUCUUUUUGUCCAAAUUGAUUUUUUUAUUGUAAUGCUUUAUUGUUUAUAAACUAUAUUUUUAUUUAUUGAAAAGUUAACGUGUUUAAGCCUAUUUACUUUCAUAGUUAUCCAAGUACGUCACACCCCCAUUCAACAAAUAUCGACUCGUCCAACCGAGCUUGUUUGCUUGCCCCUUCAGGUUCAAUGUUUUGUGGUUUUACUAAAAUGUAAAUGAAUAACAAAGUUGCGUGUUUUCGUGAAAAAAUUAUUAUAUUUGUGUGGAUAAUCUACUUCUUUGCUUAGUGGAUUCUUAUCAGUGCUAACUAACAAGAUUGUGAGAUGUGUUGUUCAAGUUUAUUUUUUAUGUUAGUAGUACACAAGUUUAUGAUUAGAACAUUGCCACAAAGAAGUACAGGAGUUAAUUCUACUGUGUUAUAAAAUUGCUUAGGUUUACUAUAUUUGUAGUUAGGUAUUAUUAAAUAUAUUCGAAAAUCAGUUUUGUAAAGCAUGUUAAUUUUCCACAAGCCCAGGUGAUUAUGAGCAUAUCAUAUAGUUCAAAGCUGGUUAAACUGGAAACAGUUGUAGUAAUUUUAUUAUUUCUAUGUUAAUGAGCAGUUUGGUUAUAACAAUAACUUUCAUAGUGGGUUUUACAAAGCCUUUUUUUUAGUUCUCCAGUCAGUAUCUGAGAUGUUCUUGUCUCUUCUGAUGGAAGUUUUUAUCAAAUAUUUUCCAGUUGGUUAUACUUUUGACAAAAACAUUUAUGUUAGUAAAUGAUUGUUUCGUAUUGCACUUUCCUAUAUUAAUGCAUCCUUCAUUUAUAAGUAUAUCGCAUAUUUAAUUGUUUAUGCAUAUAUUUUGAUUUGAUAUUGCAAUUUAAUGUCAUUAAUUUUGUGAUGUCUAAUUUGUACUUAAACUGUAUAGUUUGAAGACUGUUUCAACAUUUUGAUUAAUGUUCACCUUGUACUUGGUUGAUUGUAUAAAUACUUUUGUGACAUAUACUCAUACAAAUUGUUAUGUUUUGAUAAGUGACAUGGAAAUAUUUGUCUUGGUUAACUGAUGCUUUUAUUGAGCAUUUAAUUAAUUAUUAUACUAUUGAUUUCACCUUAUUGUUAUAGUAUAGUCCGUCAAAUAGUCAUACUUAUUUUAUCGUUGUUGACUUUGUGUACAUUUGUGAUAUACCUUUCAGUUGCGAUUUUAUUGCUUUGACUUUUAAUUUUGCACUUCAACGCAGUUUUGGUAUUUUUAAAACAAUUAUACUUAUUACCUAAGUGUCGUUAAUAGGAUUGAGACUAUAUAAAGUUUUAGUGCUUUUAAUUGUGUUUAUUUCAAUAUCAUCAGUGAAGCUGGUGGUUAUUCUUCUACAAAGGUUAUUAUCAAAUGUUUGUGGCAUGUGAAAGGAAGAAGCUAUUUGAAAAAAAUAUCCCACCAAGUAUUGUAAUUGUGAUGCCUGGAACAUUUAGCGUUCGUCUGUUUAUAUAUGGAGGCAGUUGUUCACCUGGACCGGCCAGCCACAAUGCCUUCUCAGUCUCAGAUGUCUUAUUCAAGAACUACUGGUUUGCAUGGGAGACCAAAUCAAAACCCAGAAAGAGAUGUACGCUCCUAUAAAUCCAACCAACCUCAGCAACAUAUACCGGUUAGUAGCCACAAUCCGGGACCCUAUUCAGGAGUAUCUGGUUCGAACUACGGCUCUAUGCGUUACAUUCAUCCAACUCCGUAUGCUGCUCCUCCUCCUGGAGCUACACCAGUCCCUUAUCGUGAUAUUUAUCCAUCCAGCAGAAGCUCAAAUUUGGUAAGUGAAAGAGCCCAAAAUGUGGAUUUUGUCAGGGAGCAGCUAAAACCAAGAAUAUCGUUGCUAACUAACGCUGAUUAUCUAUCAUCUUUGUCACGCAACAGACUUCAUCAGAAUGAAAAUUACAGAGAUCAAAUGGGUGGUCCUCCUUCACAAACAGUUGAUACACCUAUCAAGAAAAUAAGGCUUGGCGAACCUAAAUCUGAUCACCAGAGAAGCCUGCGUGUUGAUACUAGGGAUGAUUCCCAGCCUGCAGCAACUUAUAAUCCUCAAGUUGAAGCUAUCUCUCCGACGCUUCCUUCAGAGGCCUUGCAAGAAGAUGCUAAUUUUCGAUCUACGAAAGAUGAUCUUCUGCAUGGCAUUGCUAAAGUUGAUAGGGAAAUAACUAAGACUGAACUUCAAAUUUCAAAGUUGAAAAGAAAACAGCAAGAGUUAGAAGAAGCUGCCAAAAAACCAGCUAUUAAAAAGGAGGAGGAAGAAGUACCUCAACCUAAACAUCAAAGUCCUGCUCAAAAAAUAUAUGCUGAAAACAGGAGGAAAGCUCAGGAUGCUCAUAUGCUUCUGGCUAAUUUAGGACCAACUAUUCAUUUACCCUUGUAUAACCAGCCAUCGGAUACAACAAUUUACCAUGAAAAUAAAAAGAAACACAUAGGGUUCCGGAAAAGACUGUUGGAUCAUCUACGCAAGAAACAUAUAGACAGAGAACUUAGAGAGAAGCGAUUAACUACAACGUAUUCGCAUAUGGUUCAAGAGUGGCUCAAGAAAGUUGAGAAGAUUGAAAAUUCACAGAAACGGAAAGGAAAAGAUGCAAAAAAUCGAGAGUAUUUCGAAAAAAUAUUUCCAAAACUACGGAAGCAAAGAGAAGAUCGUGAAAGAUUUAAUCGGGUUGGUGCCCGUGUUAAAAGUGAAGCAGAUCUUGAAGAGAUUAUGGAUGGACUUCAAGAGCAAGAAAUGGAGGAUAAGAAAAUGAGAUCUUAUGCUGUUGUCCCUCCUCUAUUGUUAGAUGCUAAACAAAGAAGCAUUUAUUAUGUUAAUAAUAAUGGUCGUCUAGAAGACUUUACUGCUGAUUACAAAGAAAAACAAUUAUUAAAUGUUUGGACACAAUCUGAAAAAGAGAUAUUUAAAGAAAAGUAUAUGCAGCAUCCUAAAAAUUUUGGAAUAAUUGCUUCUUAUUUAGAUAAGAAAAGUGUCUGUGAUUGUGUACAAUAUUAUUAUCUCAGCAAAAAGACAGAAAAUUACAAGAGAUUGUUACGUAAGUCUCGUUUAAGACAAAGGAGUAGAAAUCCACAGAAUAAAGUUAAUAGCGGUGCAGUCAGUACUGCUAAUUUAGAUAUUUUAGCUACAGCAUCAGGGGUUACAACUAGAUUGCAAAGGGAACAAUUACAAAAACAAGAACCCUUACCAUCAGUAGCUACAGAAUGUGAUAGCCACCAACCAUUUUUGAUGGAUUCAACUAUGUUAAUCCCUAGUGAAGUCAAGUCUGAAAAGAAGAAAGAUGAUUCCAAAGAAGAAAAAAAGAAAAAAGAGGAUGAAGAAACAACUGACGAUGAACCAAUUGAUCCAAUUGGAGGUGGUGAUAUGGAUAAUGUCAGUGGUGUAGCUUGUGCUGUUUGUAAAACAGAAUCAGUUUGUUCUCGUGCCCUACCUCGCUCUCAAGCUAGCCAGUAUGGGCUAAAGGAAGAAGAAGUUCCUUUGGAUGCUCGUGUUUGUAAUUUAUGCCGUUGCAAAGCUGUGCGUUCUCGCUUCACAAAUUGCCCUAUUCCAACAUGCCCGAAUGCUAAGGGACAUCGAGUGAAAAGGUUGCGACCAUUACCCUGCAAGUGGGCUGAUUUACCUGCUGCUAUAAAAGGUCCUAUUGCUGCUGAAUUCAAAAUUGAUGAAACAGUGGCCAAGUGCUGUUCAGCAUGUUUCAAUAGAAUAUCAAGACGCAUUGCAGUAUCAAUGGACCUAAAUAAUUCAGCACCUGAGGAUGCUCAAAUAUUGAGUCCUGGUCAGUGCUCACUUUAUCUGCAAUGGACAGAUGAAGAAAUUGAAUCACUAAAAAAUGCCAUAAAACUGCACGGUAUGAAUUGGCAUGAAGUAUCUCAGGCCGUUGGAAAAUCACAGCAUCAUUGCAUGAAUUUCUUUUUCAAUUACCAGCAGAAGCUGGGUUUGGACCAAUUGAUUCCUAAUGAAAAGAUAAAUACUGACGAAAGGAAACCUGUUCUUACCGAUGAGGAGGAAUCAGGAUCUAGUACUUCUAGUUGUGAUGAAGUCGGAGCUACUAGUGGAGUUGGAGUUGCUGGUGAUAGCGAUACAGCUAGUGCUCCUUCACCUCUGCAAAAUGCUGAAAAUGUUGAACAACAUCUUGCAGAGAGUGAAGAUAAAAUAAGGACUAUGAAUAUCACUCCACCUCUUCCACAAAUUGUUCCUGAGGUUAGAGAACAAACUUCUCAUCCAGAGCCUCUUGAACAUAAUCAAUCAACAUCUUCACCUCAACCCAAAGUAUCUACUGCCUCCAUGCCGCCUACGUUAUAUGCUGCUAAAGAGGAUUAUGACAGUUCAGCUACGGAGACAGCAGAUGAAGGGCAAGGCGGAGGUGAGACUGAGUCCACUAAUGUUCGAACUGCAUCACCUAAGAGGGAAGAUCCUUCUUCUCCCCUCACAGUGAAGACGGUCAAGGAUCUUAUGCUAGGUGUGAUUGAGAUGCAGUUGAUGAAAGAUCAAGGAGGUCAAGUACAGACGAGUAAUACUCCAGGUGCUCCUCCUACUAUUUCUUCAAUCCUUAAAACUGAUCAUCAUAAUUUAAGUUAUUCACAACGUGAUAAGGGAAGUCGGCAGAUUGAUAAUUCAUUGGCUACUGUAUCUGUGGUGAACACACAUCAUAGUCAUCAACAAAUGCAAGAUAUUUCCAAGGAAGGUCUUGUAGUUGUUCAGGGUAUUCAACCUUACGAUCAAACCUCAGAAUGUGCUGAAGAUCGUUCCCAUCGAUGGUCUGCUUCAUCAGAUUUAUCUGGAAGAAUUUCUCAAAGAUUUUCAGAUCUUCCUCCAGUCUCUUGUGCAACAAUGCCCAUGUGUAAUGAGGAUUCUAUUCAAGGGGAUAAAAUAUCUAAGGUUCAGCUGAGUAUGAGGGAGCCCAGAGAUACUGAUGGUGUUACACUAGACUUAAGUAUAAAGAAGCCAAGGGAAAACAAUUUGCAGCCUUCUAAAAUUCAACAGCAUCCAAUUUCAUCUCAGAAUACAGUAUUCAGAGUUGCACAACCCCCCGAUCAACAGGUUUUCUUUCAUCAGCAAGCACUAGCCAAUACUUCAUUAACCCCCAAGUUAUCUCCUGGUGUGAUUAGUGGAGGGAAUAAUCCUACUGCUACCUCAAAAGCACAAUGUGGAUCAAUUAUUCAUGGCACUCCUGUUUCAUCACCCAAUAUUUAUACUCAGAGCCGUUAUGAAUCUUCUUCAUCUUCUUUGAUUCAUCAAGUUCCAACACCUCACAAAGAGAGUGGAUCGAUAACACAAGGUACUCCGGUACACCAAAGGAGUUCAUUGUAUCCCAAUCCUGAAUAUUUCGGAAAAAGAAAUAUGCCUACAACUGGAUAUUUUUCGCCAAGACCACCUUCUUAUAAUGUUGAACAGCGACAAAUUAUUAUGAAUGACUAUAUUACAUCACAGCAAAUGCAUGGACCUGGAAAUUCUUCUGGUCCUCGAUCUGGAAGAGAUAAAAUGUAUUACCAAACUAACACUAGACAAGGAGUUAUUCAAAGACACAAUACUAAACCUCCAAGCCCGGGUGUUAGUCAUUAUCCUCCUGGUCAUGAAGCAUUCUCAUCCUUAGUUGAUGUAGCUGUUAGGCAACCUAGCUUACCUGUACCACCAACAUUAUCAAUGCCUAUGGAACAUAAGAACAUGCAAGAUGAAAAAAGACAUCUUCAUGAAGGGUUGGGAGAAAGAUUCAACAGGGAUAGUCCCCAUGAUAGGUUUUCUAGUAGAGAAACUGACAGAUAUAUGAGAGAUUCACAGAAAGUACUUACUCCCCAGCAACAAUCGUCUAGCAGAGAACAGGUUCAACAGCAACAGCAGUUAAGGGAGCAGGUUUCUCAUGGUGCAAGAGAUAAUUAUCAGUCUUCACAUCACAUGGAUCGUGAAGUUCAAUUGCAGCAAUUACAGAGGGAACAGUCUAUGCAUCGUGAAAGGGAGCAUCACAGUCAACAAUCACAAAAAUUACGUGAGUCACACAUGCCCCACCUCGAGUUACGUAGAGGUCAAAUGCCUGGCUAUCAACCAAGACUCAUCCAUGAUGGUCAUCAUGGUAUAGAUCAGCGAUUAAUGCAAGCUCCUGGUUUUCGUGAACAACCAUCUUCAUCACAAAGUGGUUCGAAUCUUUCAUCUCGAGGUCAUCCUCCUCAAGAGCAAAGCAAUGAACAACCGAGUAAUCGUGGCCGCUGUACUGAAAGUUCAACAUUAACUGCAGCUAGUUUGAUUGAUGCCAUCAUUACUCAUCAAAUAAACCAAACAACUUCCGAUGUUCAAACAACUACUGUUCCAUCAGGCACUACGACUGCACCUCAGCCUCAGCCAACAAGACCUGGUGAUAGACUUUUCCAGAGUUUUCAUAAAGAUUGCACUGAAUCAAAUGGUAAACUUUCACCUGUAAAACCUCAAGAAGGACCUAAAAGUCAUUCUGUUACACCUCAGUCCAUCCAGUCUCCAAUUAUUGAUCAUGUUGAUAUGUACAACAAUCCUCCAGGAGCUCCUCAAGGAAUGAGACCAGCGAUGUAUCCAGGAUUUGAUCAAUUAAGACGUGCGUUACAGCAGAAAGAUCAGAAUCAAGCUUUAGAAAAAAGUGAUGAACACAUGACUCGUUUUUUUUCUGAAGCUCCUGUUCCACUUUCACCCUUAGACUAUGUUAAAAAUCGUAUCGCUGAAGUUAUGAGAACUUCAGAAGAAGAAAGUGGUGCCAACAAAGACAAUGAAAGUCCCGUAUCUACUGAUAUUAUGCAGGAUGAGGCUGAUCAUUCUGCUGGGCAUAGCACCUCUUCGUCUUUUAUAACUCCAUCUCACACUUAUGCUUAUCCCUUUAGUGCAUUAAGUUUGAAUACCAGUGGAGCAUCGACAGUACCAAUUGCAAGCCACUCUGUUACUAAAACCACUGAAUCAAUUCCUGAACCUGCUCCUCUUCUUUCUGCCCAAUAUGAACCAUUAUCUGAUGAGGAUUGACGGAGGUGGUAAUUUUAUAAAAAAACAUAUUGUUUCUUUGGCAUGCAGUAAUGCCAAGUAUAUUGUAUAGAUGUAAAAUAUUGUAUAAAUGUUUUUAAUUUUCAAGAGCAUAUCUUUUGUGAAAAACUAUUUUUACGGAGAUUACUUAAUAGUUUAUUUUUAAAUAUGCAUGGUUGAAAGCCUUCUUUUUUAUAUAAAUUUAAAUUCAUUAUGUGAAUAACUGUUAUGUAUUAUUUUUAUUUAUUUUUGUCAUGAAUGAUGUUACUCUAGGGUAUAUUACUUACAACUUUGUACACAAUAGAUUUUUAGAAACAAUAUUUGACUCGGUUUUACAAACAUUUGUUGGCCACAAAAUUUUGUACCAAUCUUGUUAUGAAACACUAUGUAUUGUUAUGUUUACUUAUUUUGAUUUUAAGUUAUCCGUAUUUAGAAUAAGAUUAAUUAUGAAACACAUUUGUUCAUGUAAUUGUAAAAUUUGUAUCCAUUCCACAUAGAGAACUUUAAUAAAAAUACAGUGUGCUAUUUAUGGUAUAUAUGUUAUAUCAUGUUUAUUAUGGUAUAAGUAUAUAUUUAUUUUUUUAAUGAAAUAAAAAAUUGAAAAGUAAGUUAUUUUAAGAACUCCUUCAUGAACAUAUUGGCGAAUUGUAGAAAGUUUGACAAAAUAUAAUUAUUAAUAAACUAUACCAGGCUGUCAAUGAGAUAAAUUUAUGAAUACUUGUAUGCUGUGCUUAAUGAAAGUGUAAAUGUGUAUGUUAAUGUGAAAAUAUGAUUGAGUGAAAGUGUAAGGAAUAAAUGUAUUUUUACAAGGGUCAGUAGGUUGUUACUUUUAUGGCCUGACAAAACUUACUUGUGCACUUUUUUUAUAAACUCCACUAAGGGGACUUGUUAAUAGGCAGAAAUAAAAAUUUGUAAAUUUCAUUGUACAUAAUUUUCACAAAAUGUUAUUUACUUUUAGUAAAAUUGAAUCUGUUAAUUCCUCUAUUACAUCAGUUUUUAAUGUCAUGUAAUUAUUUUUUAUAACCUCCACUCCCCUUUAUAAAUAAUUUAAAUAAAAUACUGUCGAGGAA